CGCCAAAGUGGUGGGCGGCGCUAGAAGCUGCUCGUUGGGAGUCCUGACCAAAACAGGUCCAAACUGUGCGUAACGGACAGAUAAACCUCCUGUGAGACACUUUAGAACAUUUAAUGAGUCUCCCUGUGGUGUCCACCUACCUGAUCUCCCAGUGGUGUCCGAUUAUGCCUCAGUCUGAAGUUUGGCAGACACCCAUGUUUGGACAUGACCUCAAAAAGGCAUCAAGAGUCCGAGGCAGAAAAGAGAAAAAAGAAGAGACAGUGAGAUGAUGCUCACAGAUCGAUUGCAGAGGGAGAGAGUCAGAGAGAGGGAGGUUGAUAGCAGCAUGCCAGGAUGUAGUAGCUCUGUGUUUCAGAACUGUGCAGUCUGCUUUUCGUUUGGAAACCUAUCAGCUGGUAAAAAGCAGCAGCAGGCAGAGGAAGAGUAAGGGUAUUACACUGGAUCAGACCAGGCUGAGAGACCAUCAUCAUGAAGUCUCAGCAGAAAUGCAUUGUGAUCUUUGCUCUGGUGUGCUGUUUUGCUGUCCUGGUCGCUUUGAUAUUCUCUGCGGUGGACGUAUUGGGGGAGGAUGAAGACGGCAUCAAUGAGGAGAACUGCAGCAGAGAUUGCAAGGCAGUGCUUGUGCAGAAUAUUCCAGAUCGCAUCUUCAUUUCACAUGAGGACACAAUGCCGCUGACCACAGGGUUGGAAAGUCUUCUGAACCGGGCGCGGAAAUCGGUGGAGAUUGUGUCACCUUUGUGGGCUCUGAAUUCUACCGAUCACUGGUCUCACUACACCUACGGCAGACAGGGUCAGCACUUACUCAAGGAGCUGAUGGAUUUAAAGUCUAAGAAUGUUCAUCUGAGGGUGGUCUACGGGUUGCAAAACAACACCAUAGCACCAGAGCUCAAGCUUCUUUCUAAAUAUGGUGCAGAAGUGCACGAUGUGAACAUGACCGCCCUCACCACAGGCGAGCUCCAUUCCUCCUUCUGGGUGGUGGACCGGAAACACAUGUACAUUGGCAGUGCUGACAUGGACUGGAGAUCACUGUCUACGAGGAAGGAGCUGGGAGUCAUCAUUUAUGAUUGUAGCUGUUUGGUGCUGGACCUUCACAGGAUAUUCAGCCUCUACAAACAGCUGCAGUACAGGGAUUUCGUGCCAGCUAUAUGGUCCAAGAGGCUGGCUGCACUUUACAACAAAGAAAAGGCACUGAGCUUUCAACUGAAUGGCACCAACACCACAGCCUUUUUCUCGAGUUCUCCAGAUAAAUUCUCCCCCAAAGAUCGGAACCGAGAUCUUCAGGCCAUUAUACAUGUCAUUCAGGAGGCAAGAGAGUUCAUCUAUAUAUCCAUAACCGACUAUCUUCCCCUCAUCAUUCAAAAUUCACACAACAAAUACUGGUCACGCAUCGACGAGAUGCUCCGCGAGGCCUUGAUCCUGAAGCACAUUGAAAUUCGUAUGCUGAUAAGCUGCAGGCAGCAGACGCAUCCUCUCACUUCCAAUUUCAUGUGGUCUCUGAAAAGCCUGUGCAUGGAAAUGUCCAACUGCUCUAUGGAGGUGAAGUUCUUUAUCCCUUGGCUCCUGCAAGAUGGGUCUCUUAUCGGCACCAAUCAUCACAGAUACAUGGUGACGGACAAAUCUGUGUACAUAGGAAACUUUGACUGGGUGGCGAAUGAAUUCUUGGUCAAUGCUGGAACUGGACUGGUCAUCAGUAAAGCAAAGGAUGAGCGGAGCUUCAGUUUAGGGGAACAGUUGAAGGGAGUCUUCGAACGAGACUGGCAGUCCACACACAGUAAAACUCUUCAACCCAGCAAAAUCCCCACCUGCAGCACAAACACAGUCUUCCCCAGCCCGCUGUUAAAAAGCCAGAAAAGCCAGACUGAGAAUGAAAACGGCCCAAACGCCUCACUGUGAGAGCUUCUAUAGCAGAACUGUGACCAUUGGGUCAAAAUAGGCUUAUUUCUCACAUACUGCACCAUUCAUUUUACACCAAUGACUGCAUUUUUCUAAUUGCAGAUUUCUGAUUUGUCCAGAGAAUGUUGAUAUCAGAUUGUUUUUUUGUUUUUGUUUUUUCAAUAAUUUUUAUAUUUUACAAAAUGUGGUCUCCAAAUUCAAUAAGGGUGCUGUGAAAAAUAGUUUUUACAUCUCUUCCUAGUGUUUACAUUUUUGGAUAUUUAUCACAUUUUAAUGCCUACAAUUCAUUCAUUCAGCCGAUUUUAACAAAAUACAACACAAGUAAACACACAUGGCAGGAAUGAUAAGUGUUUUUUUUUCAUUUAUUGAAGAUACAUUGAUUAUUAAAUUAACAAUUAACUAAUAAAUAAAUUGUCCAUUGUGUGUUUACUUGUGUUCUUGUGUGGGCAUCACUUAAAAUGAAUGCAUGCAGCUACUUUAAUUGGCACCCACUGCUGACACAGAUGAGCAGAAACGUAUUGCCAAUAGAGUAGGACACCCUGGAGAUAAAUAUAAACUUAAACAUGAACAUAUAAUUGGGCCAAAGGGAUUAAUAACACAGUGGAACUGUGUUCUCUUGAAUGAUUAAGAUCCAUCCAAUAUUUUUUGAGAUGGGUUAAGGUAUUUAGAUGAUGCGUGCUGAUUUUUCAACAUCCUGACCUCACUUAUGGUCUUGCCAUGGGUGAGUGCAAUCAAUUCCUCACAGCAAUUCUCCAAAAUUUAGAACAAAAAGUGUGCUCUUGGCAGUAAAAUUAAUCUAAAAAAAAAAAAAAAACAGGAGAAUCUAUUUUUAAUACCUUUUAUUUAAAAAAUAAGAAUCUUGUGUUCCAAUACUAUUGUCCAUAAAAUGUAGUUGAAUGGGGGGAAACAUUUAAAUGUGACAAAUAUGCAAAAAUAGUGGAAAUAUUUUUUUAAGGUCUUAUUAGACAACAUUGUCACUAAUCUAGUAAGACAUCACCAAACUAAUUUAUUAGUUUAUUAGCUUAUUUAUUUAUUCCAUCUCUAAAUGCACCUAUUAAGCUAAACGUUUGUACAUGCUUCUAGCCAUAACCAGAAAAAAAGCACCUCUUUUAUAGCUGAAUGAUGAAAAUGACUACAUAUAUAAAUAUUUAUAUAUAUAAAACUGUAUUGUUAUGGUCAUUGUAUAACCAAAUGUAUUGGGCAUGAAAUACUUUUUUAUUAUUACAGGAAAAAUGCAUUCAUUCAGCUUUGUAAAUUAUGAUCUUGCACAUUUUUUAUUUACUGGUAUCUUUCCUUCAUUCUUUAUUUAUUCUAAGGUUAUUGUCCUAAUUUGAAUACUGUCUACUGAGUCUACUGAGGUACAGAGCCAUUCCCUUUGCAAGACUGUGGCUGUUUUUAUACUGCACAUCAUGAAUAUGUUUCUAUACUUCAGUACUGUACUGCACAUCAUUCAUAUUAUGUGUUUUAUACCAAACUUGGGUUUGUUACGUAAAGGGGCUUUUGGGAAGAAGCUUCACGCUGUUAGAAUGUAGCACUAAGCAACUUUACUUUCCACACAGAUUUAGGGCAAAUUCCAAAUCAUAGAUAUGUUUAUUCCACAUUUUUGUGUAUACUCAUCAUCAAAAAAAUAGUAGCCCCUACAAGGAAUCAACUGACAGAAAUAAAACAUGGUGGGUAGUUCUGCCAGACUGUCACAUACUGCUGCUGUCUCAAGAACUUGUUGUGAAGACACAGAUAUCUUCAAAUGUGUAGGAUGCUAUAUGAUGCACUAUCAACACUUCACCACUACUAAAACAUAUGUAGAAACUGCAUAAAUAUUCAAUCUGCAUGGGGUGGAUUAUCACAGGACAUAGCAACAUUUACAACUCCACUGAAUUACACAUGCUAUACACACUACCUAUUUAUGAGAAGCUCAAUAAAUGUGAUGAUUAUUCAUUGUUCCUGGUAACAUUUAUCUUUAUUCCAAAUAGAAUUGCAAUCCAACAUUUCCUUCUGGAACUAUUUUUGCGACUAUUUCUUUGAUGAUGAGUGUAUGUAUUUAUUUUAUACCAAACUUUAUUUAAUAAAAGCUUAAAAAAAUUAAAUCAUGCCACGUUUUAGAGAAAAAUCCAAGAUCUUGCAUUCUUGAUUGCACUGAAACACGGUUCUCUUUCUUUCAUUUUAUGCCGAUGUUUCUCUUGAACGAUGUCUUUUUCAUUGCCCAGCAUGUAGCUAAUUUACAUUUAUGUUGUGAACAGAGAUAUAGAGCUAUAUUUUUCUAUUGAACUGUUUUUUUUUUCACCAGAGAAAUGCUUCUUAUGUGGCCACUUUGUUGGCAAUUGUGUGUAUUUUGUGUAAACUAUAAUUUAUUCUUUUUUGCCAAAGAAAUUUUCUAUUUUUAUAUUACAUGUUUUUUGUUUAUGAGUGAUUGAAAAAGGAGUGUAUCGCAUGUUCCAAAGCUGGCAAGCAUUGUUAUUCCUAAGCUAAAUUCUGCAUAGAAAGACAAAACUUCUGCUUUGGUUCAGUUUCUCAGAACAUUUUAAAGGUUUUAGCUCACUGUCAACAUCUGAUGAUCUUUCUGCUACAAUGAUUUGGAAAGUUUCCCCUUAAAUAAUUACUUACGUGGGUAAUCUGGGACUAGAUUAACAAAAGUGCCAUAAAAAAUGUAUUCUUAUGAGAUGAGUUAUUUUAACCUAAAUUCCUGCUUAAGAUUAAUUGAUAUUCUUCAGUAACCUUCUUAAGAAAAUUCUCAUUGUUAGUAUUCUUGGAGCAUUAAAUGAGCAAGAACUUAAAAAGACCCUGCUUCCAGAUACCAUCUUAUAAAUUGUCCUAAAGGAAGAGUAAAAAAAUUGAGUGGAGGUGAUUAGUAGUAUAGUAUAGUAUAAUUGUGUAUGUGCCAUGCACUAGAAAACGCCAAUAGACUGUAGGAUCUCAGCAUUUUAAAAUGAUCAGUUACAUUUUAUAUUACUUGAAUGAAUGUCUAAUUUCUCAAGAUUUAUAAUGAAGAUUGUUCUUAAAGUUCAUUAGUUAAAGAUUGGCUUCCCAGUAUCACAAUUGUAUUGUAUUGUUUCCUGUUAUUAUUUCCCUCACCUUCUCUAGUACAUGUAUCACUGUUUCUUAUUUAGGAUUUGCUCAGUUUGCAUUUGCAGUGAGGGCAAUGAGAUCCAUCGUUAAAAGAGCUGAGCUGUAAACAGUACAGCAGUUUAUGAAUCUGACGUAAAUUUUAUUCAAGAAUACAUUUAAGAAAUUGCUUACAAAUAUAUUCAAGAAUGAGGUUCAUGUGUUUAUCUUAAGAUUUAUUUUUUUAUUUUUAUUGGAAAGCUUUUGUAAAUCCUGUCCCAGUUUUUCCAAUCAGAUCAGAAAUUCCAGCUACAGUGCUACAUAUUGUAGACCUGGGCUUACUUUAAAGCAACAGAAAGCAUUUUGCUUAAUUUGGGUACAUUUUUGGUAUAAAAUUUUUAAGAGCUUGUUCAGCUGCUUUUAACAGUCAGGAGGAAAAAAAAAUAAAAGUAACAUUUCGUUACUGUCAGACAAAACCCUCAUCAUUAAAACUUCACUUUACAGGAGAAAGUAAAAACUUCUUAACUUGGAAGUUGUUCAGUGUAAGAAGAUUUUUCAAGUAAUUAUGGGGCAAUUAUAGUAAUCCAUUUAUCAUGAAAUUCUGACCUAAG